AUGAAGCUCUUAUCUUGGAACAUUAGGGGUUUAGGCAAACCUGAGAAGAAGGGAAGAAUUAAAAGAUUGCUAAAGGACAAGCAUGUUGACAUUGUUUUUUUCCAAGAAACCAAGCAAGCUGUGGACUCUGAAAAUGUUGCUAGAAAGCUUUGGGGAUGCAGAAAUAUGGACUUCAUGUCUGUGGAUCCUGUAGGCUCUGCUGGUGGACUUCUAUGCAUUUGGGACCCUUCAGUGUUCCAAUUAUCUGGCUGCUGCUGCAAUAGGAGGUAUAUACUACUUUCUGGCUCUUUGUAUAAUUCCUUUGAUUGUGUUUUGAUAAACAUAUAUGCACCAAAUAACCCCUCUGCUAGAACAUCUUUUUGGGCGGGUAUAGUCAAGCUUAAGGAUCACUUUCCUGCACCUUGGUGUAUGGGUGGAGACUUCAAUGAAAUUAGACAUAUAGGUGAGAGGAUUGGCUGCUCCAGGAGAGACAUGGGGAUGAAGCAUUUUAAUGAGUUUAUUGAGAAAUGUGAGCUCCAUGACUUACCUCUUCAUGGUAGGAAAUACACCUGGUGUAAUGCCCAGGAAGCUGAGAAAUGGAGCCGCAUAGACAGAGUACUCCUCAGCCCAGAAUGGUUGAUUAGCUUCAGAUUGAAGUUAUGGGGCCUGCCUCGACUAGUCUCUGAUCACUGUCCUCUGCUGCUGAUGGAAGAUGAAAGAGACUGGGGUCCCAAGCCUUUCAAGUUUCUCAAUGCCUGGACUCUCCAUCCAAGUUUCUCUAAGUUCUUUGUUAACAUUUGGAGCAGCACUACUGUUACAGGGUGGGCCGGAUUCAGAAUUGUUCAAAAAUUAAAGCAGCUAAAGACAGAGUUAAAAAAAUGGAAUGUUGAAGUGUUUGGACAUGUCACAUCCAAACUCAAGGCUCUAGAGGCGGAAUUGCAUACAUUAGACAUCCUAGCAGAGGAUGGACUCUUGGAUGAUUCUGGGAGGUCAAGAAGAAGAGUGGUCAGAGGAGAAAUGUGGCAUUUGCUCAGAAUGGUGGAGUGGAUUUGGCAUCAAAAAUCCAGAUUGAACUGGACUCUAAAUGGGGAUAAGAAUACUAGAUUCUUCCAUGUUUUUGCUAAUACCAGACACAGUAGAAACAUGAUCAGCUCUAUAGUAGUUAACGACGUGUCUUAUGAGGAUCCUAGCAGGGUUCAACUAGAGGUCUACCAACACUUCAAGAAGUUGUUUGCUGAGGAUUGGGUCAAACGACCUUCACUUACCUGUUUUAUUUUCUCUCUGUCCAAAUUUAUUAGUCAAACAUAA